AUGUACAGUACUAUCGGGACUGCAAGCAUCGGAAUUUUGUUAAUUUACAGUAUAGAGUUGAAUAUAAGUACAGUGGAUCGGCGCGAGUAUUUCGAACUUAUAGCAGCGGCAGAUGAAUUAACACUUACUGAAUUAGUUGACCAUAUACAAGAGCAUAUUAUUUCAAAUGAAAAAGGAUGGUUACUCGAAAAUUUUGUUCAAGUUUUUCAAAAAAUUUCCACAUAUGAAGCGAUGCGUAAACUUCAAGAUUAUUGUGCCGAAUUAAUUUGCAAUGAUCCAUCAGUCGUUUUUACAUCAGAUUUUGGAUCACUUGAAGAGCCAGCAUUAAUAGCUUUAUUACAACGCGAUGAUCUUGUAAUGGAUGAGAUUGAUAUUUGGGAAUGGUAA